UAAUCGUGAAAAGAUGUUCAGUAUUUCGCGUUUAAUUCUCAGUGAAUCAACGCGACCCUUUCACCCUCCGAUUAAAAAAUCGCAAGUCCGAUUUAUCACGAACGUCAGUGCGAUGUCAAAGAGAUCGCGUCACCUCCCUAACCCUUACGACCUCACCCACGAACCCUCGGAAGUGUUGCAAACAGAUCUGCAAUACGUGCGGGAGGAGUUGUUGCCAAACGUUGAGGAGAGGAUAACACAGACGUUGAAGCCGGGGGAAGCGGAGGCCGAGGGGGAGUUGUACGUGGGCGCAGCUGGAAUCGCCUACGCAUUUUACCACACCAGUCAGGUCGCCCCGGCGCCGCGCGCCCUACGUUACCAGCAGCUGGCACAGAAUUACCUGCAGUCGGCAAUGCAGGCUGUCAAUCGCCGCGGAAAACAUUUGAAUUCAGGAUUUCUCUGCGGUGAUGCGGGGGUGAUCGCUGUCGCUGCGGCGAUAUCAGCGACCACCGGUGACAGCUGUCAAGCCAAUUCCCUCGGGAAACUUUACGCUGAUCUCGCGGAAAUUUGUAAAUCUCCGGGAUUUUUGCAAGCUGGCUCCGAUGAAUUUUUCGUUGGACGCGCUGGGUAUCUGUACGGGGCAAUAUGGCUGAAUAAAACGUUUGGAAGGGAGGUAGUGCCCCUUGGGGUUAUUCAUCAACUUGGGGAGACUGUUGUACUUUCUGGACAAAAGUACUCGGUCAAGUUCAAAAGCCCUUGUCCACUCAUGUAUUCUUAUUAUGGGACUGAGUAUCUUGGAGCUGCUCAUGGUCUGUCUUCUAUUCUUCAAGUUCUCAUUCAGAUUCCAAAUUUUCUGGACGCGAACGAAGAGUUCGAUCGUCUGGUGCAUGACUCCGUAGACUUUCUACUGAGCCUGGAGAGCCGAUCGGGCAAUUACCCCUGCGCCCUAGACGAAACGGGCCCCGAGGCCCGCCGGGAGGAGGACGAACUGGUCCACUGGUGUCACGGUGCCCCGGGCGUUGUAUACCUCCUCGCCGCGGCUCACCGGCGCUACCAGGAUCCUCGCUACCUCCAAGCAUGUCUCCGCGCUGGCGACCUGAUAUGGCAACGGGGCCUCCUGCGAAAGGGCCCAGGAAUCUGUCACGGGGUGGCCGGCAACGGUUACGUUUUUCUGCUCCUCCACCGGCUCACGAACGAUCCCCUUCACCUCCGACGAGCGGCUAAAUUCGCCCGAUUUUUGGGGACAAACGAUUUCAAGAGACACGCCCGCACACCCGAUACGCCCUUCUCACUCUACGAGGGUCUAGCCGGUACUCUCUGUUUUCUGGUUGACCUUGAGUGUCCAGAGAGCGCCGCCUUUCCCUUCCAAGACCCAUUUCUCUAAAUUUCGACCGAAAAACCCCGAAAAUUCACCGAUUUUUCCACUCCCCCUUCAACCGAUUUUCUCUUCGUCAAAAAAUCGGUAAAUGUCACGUGUAAUAAAUUGUUGCGGCGAUGAAAGAGGUCUAGGAGAAGGGCGCAGGUGAAUGGACUCUCGGUGAGACUCAUCGCCUGGCUUUUACCGAUCCUGCUACCGAUCUCCUAGCUCCUGCUCCUAGACAUCGAUACCAGGAUAACAUGUCGCAACUGGAGAAUAAGUGGGACUUGCUAGAGA